UGAAACGGUUAAUGUAAAGCCAUCAGCUUCGUGUCAUAUGACGUAUUUUGCACAGUCACGAUGCUCAGAAGGAUCAGGGGGAAGUAGGAUUUAAUUCUAAGGCGUGUUUUCGAAGAUCGAUUGUAAAAAAUUUGAUAAUUGUUGGCUGCAUUAUUAAGGAACGGCAUCGAUGAUUCGUGUUUUAUGCGACCGUCGAAACAUGAUCUAUUUGUUGGUUACGAUCAGCGCUCUGAUUGGUCCUUUGGUGAAGGUUCACGCUACAACCAUUAAAAGCCCGCUUGCUUAUAUCUUGGGCCAGAACAAUGGUACCACUGGAAAUGAAGCACUCAGGAAGGCCGAAGUGAAUGCCGUGGUGUCGUUGCUGCGCCAACUGAGACCGGGCUCGCUGCUUGGAUUACCACCGGUAACGACGACGAUCCAAGAAAUCAUUGCGACAACGAAAUCCCCGACGGCUUAUGCCGUUAACCAGAGUGCGAGCAGCGAUGGAACACAGCACCUUACGAGAGACGAAUUAAGUGCCAUAAUGGCGUUGCUGGGGGUGUCGCUACGUGAAUCGUCCAGUGCUGCCACAUCGGAGCCAGAUACCGGCAUCAAGAUUACAAAGUCGCCUGCAGCCGCAAAAUCAACGGCAAGAUACGGCACCGCCUCGAAAUUUACUGUUGCGCCCCGGGUUGCUGGAAAAAGUUCUGUACCCUUCUUGGCAAAAGCGGGUUACAGAAGCACAGCGCCACCACCGACCUGCGAAAUCGGUACCCUGUGCAACGAGCGGCAGUUGUUUCGUCGCACUUUGGGUGACAUGACGAUACGUUAUCCGUUCUAUAUCCGCAAGAAUUUUAUGGUCAUCAUCACCUUGGUCUUAGCUUAUCUGAUGCUGAUGGUUCAUCUCUGA